GUCACAUGAUUGAAGCGUUUAGACCUCAUUCUGACAUUGGUGGUGUGUUGUGUUUUUCGGAUAUUAAGUUACAUGAAUGUGAAAACAAUGCGGCUUGCUGUUGUUGUCCUGAGCUUAAUUUGGCUCGUCAAUGGAGAGCUGCUUGAGGCUGAUCAAGAUGCUUCUGUGCCUGAGGACUGGAUUCUUAUUGAACGAGUUAGACCGUUGGAGGAAGUGGAGCUCACGUUUGCACUGAAGCAGCAGAAUGUGGAUCAGUUAAAAGAGUUACUGAAACAAGUGUCAGACCCAGAUUCACAACAAUAUGGGAAGUUUCUGAGCUUGGAAGAAAUCGCAGCUAUUGUGCAGCCAUCUCAGCUGACUGAGAAAGUCGUGCAAAACUGGCUUCAGAGUAAUGGGGUCAAAAAAUGUCACACGGUCAUAACUCGGGACUUUCUUCAGUGUGUCAUGACUGCUCAAGUGGCAGAAACAUUACUCCCUGGCACUAAAUUUCACCGCUACAGGAGAGAUGGAAAGAGUCUGUUGAGGUCAACAUCUCUAUACUCUGUUCAUAAAGAUGUCUAUCAGCACCUAGACUUUGUGGGUGGUGUUCACCGUUUUCCACCACAAGGACGGGAUAUCAGUAAAGGCUGGGAAGGAGCAAGACUAUCAGGAAUAGGUUAUCACUUGGGUGUCACCCCCUCAGUCAUCAGGAGUCGCUAUAACCUUACAGCAAAAGAUGUGGGCACUUCCGCAAACAAUAGUCAGGCAGUGGCACAGUUCUUAGAGCAGUACUACCACCCUGCAGACUUGUCUGAGUUCAUGAGUCUGUUUGCUGGAGGAUUUACACACAUGUCAGCCGUCGAGCGAGUCGUGGGCACUCAGGGAGGUGGUAAAGCUGGCAUUGAAGCCAGUCUGGAUGUGGAAUACAUCAUGACCAGUGGUUCAAACAUUUCUACAUGGGUCUUCACCAAUCCAGGCCGUCAUGAGACCCAGGAGCCAUUCCUUCAAUGGAUGCUGCUCCUCAGCAACAUGUCUGCCGUGCCUUGGGUGCACUCCAUCAGCUAUGGAGAUGAUGAGGACAGCCUUUCUGCUGCCUAUAUGGACCGCAUCAAUGUUGAGUUCAUGAAGGCUGGCCUCAGAGGGAUCUCCAUGCUUUUUGCUUCUGGUGAUAGUGGAGCGGGCUGUAGACACUUGACCAAAGAAAGAAAUACCUUUAGGCCAAGUUUUCCUGCAUCCAGUCCCUAUGUGACCACCGUGGGCGGGACUUCUUUCAAGAACCCCUUCAAGCUUUCGUAUGAGGUCACCGAUUACAUCAGUGGGGGUGGCUUCAGUAACGUGUUUCCAAUGCCAGAUUACCAGGUUGGUGCUGUUGGUACCUACCUGAAGAGUUUUCAGCCCCUACCUCCACAGACAUAUUUCAACAGCACUGGAAGAGCUUACCCAGACCUAGCAGCACUCUCUGACAAUUACUGGGUUGUCAGUAACCGUGUGCCCGUACCAUGGGUCUCUGGAACUUCGGCUUCAACUCCAGUAGUAGGAGGAAUUCUUUCUCUUAUAAAUGACCAGCGCUUCCUCAAGGGCCUUCCAGCUUUAGGAUUCCUCAACCCACGUCUUUACAAACUGCAAGGCAAAGGUCUUUAUGAUGUAACAGAAGGGUGCCAUCUGAGUUGUAUGGAUGAUAAAGUGGAAGGGAAGGGUUUCUGUGCUGCAUCCUCGUGGGAUCCAGUGACGGGAUGGGGAACACCCAACUACCCUGUUCUUCUUGCAGCUCUCAUGGAUUGAGCCACUGUUAAGGAAAGUUCCACCCUUUUCACACAGAUUUACUUUAUGGAACAAAUUUUGCAGUUAUUGCUUAUUCAUUACUUUGCAAAAGCAUCUACAUACAAUCAUAUCAAGAUUCCAUAGGCCGCUUUGAAUUAUCAAGAAUGUUUUCUCAACAAACAAGUUCUUUCAAUGUAAACUAAACCUUUACGAUGGUUGAUUAACCCGCCCACAGUCCUUUCCUUGACAAACAGGUCAUAUCACUUUUGGUCUUUCAGGUGCGGUUGAUUUCCAGGUAUAGACCACGAAUCUACUGUUAAAGAGCCUCCUAUUUUAAACAUAUCAUGACAAAUUCAGGCAAAUAUCCUUGAAUCUUAUCUGUACUUAUAGUUUUGGAUUUCAUAUUUUAAGAAACUGAACUGAUCAAUGCUCUGAUGUGCAAUAUUCCCUUAUUAUGGAUGAUCAGGGAAUACUCUAUAUGGCUUUCUGCUCCUUAAAGCAAGUAAAACAUUAUUUUAUAAUAAAGUAGACAUUUCAAGGUUAAAUUUUUGCAUGUAAUGAAGCCAUGAAUUAUUGAACAUACUUAAUAGAGCUGCCUCCACCAAUGGUCUUUUGUGUGUGUGUGUGUGGAUUUAAUUUAGUUGAUUUAGCAGAUUUAAUGUUGAGAUCCUCAGGGAAUUAAAUAUUGAAUGGACUUUGCUGUGAGGGAGCUCCAAUAUUGUUUUUCUACUAAGAUGUCUGAUGCAGUGAAUAUUGACUGAUCAUACUUGUUUUUUGAAAGAUGCAUUGCCUCUAGGAUUGUCUCUAAAAUGU